GGAGGGAGUGGGAGUCGAGAGAGCGGUCUCCCAUUCUGCCCCCUGCCUUCCUGGGCUCCCCUCGCUUAGGCCCCAAAGCUGACUGCCUUUCCCGAGACCGGCGCCCGGUUCGAGGCUCGUCCCCCACCCCACCUCCGGCGCCUGCUUGACUUUUGGGGACCCCGUAGAUCGCGAUAUCUAUGCCUGCAGACCAGGUUCUUAGUCCAGGAAGCUGGCGCGCCCACGUGAGGGGCAUGCGUCCUCCUCCCAGGGCACUGAGCCCCCAGGACCCUCACUAACCGAGGCCCCUGGGGCGGCUGUAAGAUAGCCUGAUCCCCUAUCUAGAGGUCACAGGCUUCUAAACGAGACUUGUCCAGAUCUCAAUCAGGCCCCUGAGGGGUCUCAAGUGAGCUCAGAUCAGUCCUCUGACAGGCCGAAAUCGAGAGGCCUGGAGAAUCCGAAGCAGCCAAAGUGACAGCUAAGGCCCCACGGGGUGUGGGGUAGGAGCCUGAUUGCCAAGGCGGUGCCCUUCUAUUCUCUCACUGACAGGGCCUCUGUAACAGGACUGUGGCAACUUUCCCUCUUAAGUUUUCUAAGUUAUCUGGAGGAGAUGGCUCCCUCCUGUCCCACAACAACCCUCUUAGGAGAAAGCCAAGGUCAACCCGAAGGGAAGUCUAAAUUGAAUUCACCUUGUUCUCUUCUCCAAGUGCCUUGGUAGAUCAGAUCAAACUCAUAAUUGGAAGGAAAGAAACUUCGCUUUGACACGAAUACUCUCCCCAAAGGGGGAGCAUGCAAUCCAUGUGUGGCAAGCCAGUAGAGAUGACCUUUGCCCCACUUAGGACUAUUGCCUUGAAGCUCUUCUGCUUUGCCCCUCACCCCCUGAGAAUGUACGCCUGCGCCAAGUUCAUCUCUACCCCUGCCCUUGUGAGGAGCAGCUCUCAGCUGCUGAGUCGACCAGUAUCUGCAGUGGUGCUGAGACGGCCAGAGGUUCGGACAGAUGAGAACCUUAGCAUCUUGGCAGCACCGGGUCCCCUGACCUCCCUCAUUCCCAGAUGUGGAUUCCAAACUAGCACCGUCUCAAGGGACGUUGACACAGCAGCCAAGUUCAUUGGGGCUGGAGCUGCCACUGUGGGAGUGGCUGGCUCUGGAGCUGGGAUUGGGACUGUAUUUGGAAGUCUCAUCAUUGGUUAUGCCAGGAAUCCCUCCCUGAAGCAGCAGCUCUUCUCCUACGCCAUCCUGGGCUUUGCCCUGUCUGAGGCCAUGGGGCUCUUUUGCCUGAUGGUGGCCUUCCUCAUCCUCUUCGCACUGUGACGGAGCCAUUUCUACCCGUCAACGUUUCUGAACGUUCCUCCUUCUCCUGGUCCUUCUGUGUCUUGUCCAGCCAGUGUGUACCUCCCCCUCCAUCUCCCCAGGCAGCCCUGGGGAAAGCUGUGGGAAGACAAAUAAAUACUGUAUUAAUAAGCUG